AUGGCCGACAGCCCGCGCAGGAACACGCAGGCCAACCGCCAGGCUCGCCGAGCACAGCCCUACGCCCGCCCGUCGCCUGCACCAGAGCCAGAGGCUUCGACCCCGUCUCGUCUGAGAAGCCUCCUGUCCUACGUGUCGCCCUUCCGCUCGGCGCGCAAGCGCAAGGAGCCGUCGCCCGCCCCGCCUUCGGACGACGACAGCGACGACCACGCGCGCAUCAAGGACGAGCACGACUCGGCAGAAGACGACUUUGCGUUGCAUGGCAAGGUCCUGACCCGCUCGGGCGACUUCACCGACAACGUUCCCGCGUCGCCCUCGCCCUGGACCGGCUCGAGCACCCAGCGCUCGAUCGGCUCUUCCCUCGCCUCGUCGGCCACCAUGCCCAACCUCGCCGUCCUCGCCGCCGCCGGGCCCUCCACCUCCUCUUCCAACCUCACCACGCCGCACCUCCCCGGCGCCCUCCGCCGCUCGCCCAGCCACGCCGCCGGCAGCACCGCGCGUUACGCCGACGUGCGCUCGGCCUACGCGGCCACGAGCGCCCUCGAGUCGAGCUCGACGCACGCGACGCAGGAGCUCGCGCGUUUCUUCCAGGACAAGGCCGACCGCGGCGAGGACCGCCUCAGCGCUGUCGAGCAGGCCGGCGUCUUCCAGUUGAUGCAGCGAGCUCAAGCCGAGUCGUCCCUCCCGACCGCCUUUACCCCCAACUUCCGCUCUGCCUCGGCCCUCCCUCCCGCCCAGUCCGUCGCCUCGUCCUCGUCCAGCUCCGUCUUUGGCGGCCCCGCCUCGGUCGCCGGCAGCGCCAUCCCGUCGUCCGCCGCCAAGCGCCGCCGGCCCAUCUACGUCGGCGCCGGCUACUCGUCCCGCCGCCGCCGCGCCACGACGCUCGGCCUCGCGUCCACCACCACUUCCACUUCGAGCCUGAGCGACGCCGCGCUCGCCGACGGCAAGCGCCGCCGCACGGCGACCGACCGCGGCGACGAGGACGACAUCCCGCUCGCGAGCCUCGACGACAUGGUCGCCUCGCCGUCGCGGUUCGCCGCCGCCGCCGCGUCGGCUCCGGCGUCGCCUGCACGCACGAGCAUGUCGGCGCCCGCCUCGGUCGCGCCCAAGCCUCGGUUCGGCAGCGCGUCGGGCUCGGGCUCGAACGGCGUCGGCGCGAGCGCGAGCACGAGCACGCCGGCCAAGCCCUCGCCGCUGUGGCAGGUCAGCGGUGAGUCGGCGACGCCGACACCGCCGCGCAGCAAGGCGGCGGCGCCCGUACCGUCGUCGUCGUCGACGCGCGCGGCCGACCUCGUCCUCGAGGUGAUCCGCCAGGACGACGCGGCGCGCAAGAAGGCGCUGCCUGUUGCGGCGACGGCGGCGAGCGCGGGCAAAGGCGCGAUCUUGAACCCGUAUGCGGGCGAGGAGAACCCGCUCGCGAUGGCCGGGCGCGUUGGGAGGAAGGACAAGGCCCAGACGGUCGAGAGCCCCAAGCCCAAGCAGCGCGUCGACAAGGUCGUCGCCGAGGUCGGCAAGCUCAAGGACGUCUCGGACGUGUCGCCGCUCGAGCAGCUCGAGCGCACCAUGCCCGCCGAGUACCGCCGCGAGACAAAGUGCACGACCAAGCCCGCGUCGCCGCCGCCUGCGCCCAAGCCCGAGCCGUCGGCCGCCGCGUCCGCUCCCGCGCCCGCGACCGCCAAGAGCAAGGGCAAGAAGGCCGUCGCCGUCGUGACGCUUUCGUCCGAGGAGGAGGGCGACGAGGAGGAAGAAGAGCGAGAGGACGAGGGCGAGGACGAGGAGAUGGGCUCGGGCGCCGAGGUGCAGGACGGUGACGAGUCGGAGGAGUACGAGCUCGACGACGACAUGGCCGAGGCCGAGACCGGCGAGGAGGAGCAGGAGGAAGACACCCUUCCCACACCACCCGCGUUUGCGCCCGCUGCCCAGACGCCCUCCUUCUCCUUCGGCGCCUCGUCGCUGCCCAACCCGUUCUCGACCUCGACCGGCGGCGCCUUCUCGUUCGGCUCGGCCACAUACGUGCCGUCGUCCCAGCCCGCCUUUUCGUUCGGCGCGUCGACCUCGUCCACGCCGUCCUUCUCGUUCGCCCCUUCUUCCGCCUCGACCGCCGCCCCCGCACGUGCCCCGAGCGGCCCCUCGAGCGACGACGCCCAGGCGCUGCUCGCCUUUUCGGGCGCCGGUGCCGGCGCGCCGCAGCAGCGCCCGCUCACGCCGCAGGAGGCCAACAUCCCGCCCGAGCCGCCCGUCUUCCCCGCUCCAUCGUCCUUGUCGACGGCGCCGUCGCCUUUCAGCUUCGGCGCCGCCUCCUCGUCCACCGCCGCCGCUCCCGCCGCCGUCGCCGGCAACAGCGCCGACGCGGCGCAGGACCCGCAAGCCGCCGCGCGCGCCCUCCCGAGGCGCGAGCUCGACCUCUCGCGCUUCUCGUUCGCCGGCAUUGGCGCUCGCGCGAGUGCGACGGGCUCGGACAAGGCGCUCGAGGCGGUCAAGGACCUCGUCAAGGGCAUGAGCCGGAGCGAGCUGCCGACCUUCUCGUUCUGAGUGAGCGAGGGUCGUCGUUCGGAGGGGGGCCGGAGCUAUUCGAGGCGAGGGCGGUGCGACUGUAGCGAGGCGCGAGGAGGUGGCUAUCUUUGCGAACACGGUCGAGGUCUUGCUCUCUCUC